AUCAAAUAUGAGCUUCUAGAUAAUUCUGCUUGAAUAAAAGUAGGAAAAUAUUUAAUACCUAGGUUUAUAAAUGAAAAAGAAUUUGCGAUAGCCUUUAAUAAUUUAUUUGAAAAAUAUUAUGUGUGAUCACAGAAAAAGACAAUUCACAUAAGAUGAGUUGGAUAACUCAAAUAUCAUACCUAGAGCACCUUUAAUAAAGUAUUAUUAAAUUUCUAUAAUCAAGACCAUUGAAAGCUUCCUCCAUCUUAAUACCUGAACUAUCAUUAACAUAUGAAAGUCCAAACUAUUUUAAAAAAAUUUCAUUGGCAAUAUCAUCUGAAGAUGACCAAUUAGAAGGGUUUUAGUUAGCUGUAGUGGGCAAAAACAUCAAGAAGAGAUAAAAAUUUUAAACAGACUCUGCUAGUCACACAGUCAUAAAUAUGAUGGAUAGACAAUUACUAAGUAGAAAUUCUUAAAAAAUGCAAAUAGAAAGCGAUUUAUUUUGAUUUUUAUAAGCAAC